AUGAAACGAAUUGUAUGUUCAAAACUAACACAGUUUUUGUUUCUUUCCCCACAGAUUCUGGCAAUCAUUUCUAUUCUCUUCAUUGUAUUAUCAACAAUUGCCUUGUCACUAAAUACACUUCCGGAACUACAAGGUCUCGAUGAGUUUGGACAGUCGACAGACAACCCUCAGUUGGCGCAUGUGGAAGCUGUCUGCAUCGCCUGGUUUACCAUGGAAUACCUCCUGAGAUUCUUAUCUUCACCCAACAAAUGGAAAUUUUUUAAGGGGCCACUUAAUGUUAUUGACCUGUUAGCCAUACUGCCGUACUAUGUCACUAUAUUCCUAACAGAGUCCAACAAAAGUGUACUUCAGUUCCAGAACGUCAGGAGGGUGGUGCAGAUUUUCCGGAUCAUGAGGAUACUGCGGAUCCUUAAGCUGGCGCGGCACUCCACCGGCCUGCAGUCUCUGGGUUUCACCUUACGCAGGAGUUACAAUGAACUUGGCCUGCUCAUCCUCUUCUUGGCGAUGGGCAUUAUGAUUUUCUCCAGCUUGGUGUUCUUUGCAGAAAAAGACGAGGAUGAUACAAAGUUCAAAAGCAUUCCAGCCUCUUUCUGGUGGGCAACCAUCACUAUGACCACAGUCGGCUAUGGUGACAUCUACCCUAAGACUUUGCUGGGGAAAAUUGUUGGCGGAUUGUGUUGUAUUGCGGGAGUGCUGGUGAUCGCUCUCCCCAUUCCUAUCAUUGUAAAUAACUUUUCAGAAUUCUACAAGGAACAAAAGAGGCAGGAAAAAGCCAUCAAGCGCAGAGAAGCUCUUGAGAGAGCCAAACGAAAUGGUAGCAUAGUGUCUAUGAACAUGAAAGAUGCCUUCGCUCGUAGCAUAGAACUGAUGGAUGUAGUGGUUGAAAAGACAGAGGAUGGAAGGAAAGAGAAAGUUCAGGAUAACCACUUAUCCCCCAGCAAAUGGAAAUGGACAAAAAGGACUCUAUCAGAGACGAGUUCUAAUAAGUCCUUUGAUGCAAAAGAACAAGGUUCUCCAGAGAAAAGUCGGUCUUGCUCUAGUCCUCAACACCUUAAUGUUCAACAGCUAGAAGAUAUAUACAACAAAAUGGCAAAGACACAGUCACAGCCCAUUCUAAACUUAAAAGAAACAAAUCAAUCGGUUAAACAGACAGAGGAGAUGGAAAUGGACACAAUACCUUGUCCAGCUGUCCCUCUGUUGACCACUCACAAGGAGGGGGUCAUUGACAUGAGAAGUAUGUCCAGCAUAGACAGUUUCAUUAGCUGUACUGCCGAAUUCCCAGAAGCGGUUAGGUUCUCACACAGUCCACUGGCAGUCCUACCAUAUAAAAAAGGGAUAAAUACAGGUCAGGACUCAGCGGGAGGGCGUGAAAGAUCCUUAAACUUAGACAUCAGUGGAGAGAGCUUUAGUGAAAUUAGUCCUAAAACUGAUAGAGGUCGGCACAGUGCAUACAUUUUGGAAAGUCCAAAAAGUUUAGUAAAAGUUAGAAAUCCGUUAUUGCUGAGAUCCCUAAAAGUCAACUUUCGAGAAGGUGACACAAGGACAUUGGUGCCUGCACCAAACAUCACAAGCCCCUCAGAGCAUAGGCAAAGCCAUUCCAAGUUAGACAGUUCCUACUUUUCUGACCAGUCAGUUCGUAGUCCAGAGACAUCUCUGUAUACAACAGCGAGCACUAGAACCCCUUCCAGGUCGCCAGAGAAACACAUGGCAAUUGCAUUCACCUUUCACGAUGCUAAUGUACACAAGUAUAUCGAUGCUGACACAGAUGAUGAGGGGCAGCUUCUGGAUGGCUUGGAUUCUUGCCCCUCCAAAGAGCUGCUAGGAACUAUGAGUCCAAAAUACAAUAUCGCAAAUAGUGCAGAGAAAAACCACUUAGAGAGUGGCGCAUUUUCCAGUUCCUCAAGGUACUUAGGACAAAACUGCGUUUACUCCACAGAUGGGAUUACUGGAAGCAGUCGAGAACCCGUCAAGAUAGAUAACCACAUCUCCCCGGAGGUCCAUGUUCUGCCAGGUGGGGGUGGACACUCUAACACACGUGACCCCCGAAUCUGA